UUUUAGUUUCCACCCUUUUGCAUUUCUCAUGGCUUCUCCUUCUUCUCUUAAGUCUCGUAACUACAGAUUCAACAUCUUCUCGAGCUUCCACGGGCCAGACGUCCGUAAAUCAUUUCUCAGUCACUUGCGCAAACAGUUUAACUACAACGGGAUCACAAUGUUCGAUGAUCAAGGGAUUGAGAGAAGCGAAACAAUCGCGCCUUCACUCGUACAAGCGAUAAGAGAAUCGAGGAUCUUGAUUGUGAUUCUCUCAAAGAACUAUGCUUCUUCAAGUUGGUGUUUGAAUGAACUUGUGGAGAUUAUGGAGUGCAAGAAAGUUAUGGGGCAUAUAGUGAUGACAAUAUUUUAUGGAGUUGAUCCAGCACAUGUACGGAAACAAAUCAGCGAAUUUGGGAAUGCUUUCACUGAAACAUGUUCCCGUCAUACCGAUGUGGAGAAGCGGAAAUGGAACAAAGCUUUGACUGAUGUGAGUAACAUACUCGGAGAACACUUACUAAACUGGGAUAAUGAAGCAAACAUGAUCAAAAAGGUUGCAGGAGAUGUUUCGCGCAAACUAAACGCUACACCGUCUAGGGAUUUUGAAGACAUGGUGGGACUUGAAUCACACUUGAAGAAAAUGCAGUUUCUAUUACGUUUAAAUUGUGAAGAUGAAGCUAUGAUUGUUGGAAUCUGUGGCCCUGCAGGCAUUGGUAAGACUACUAUUGCUAGAGCUUUACAUAGCCUACUCUCUAGUAAUUUCCAGCUUAGUUGUUUUAUGGAGAAUCUUAAAGAAAGCUAUAAUAGUGGCCUUGACGAGUAUGGAUUAAAGCUUUGUCUUCAACAACAACUUCUUUCAAACAUUUUAAACCAAAAGGGUAUGAGGGUAUACCAUUUAGGUGCGAUACAUGAAAGGUUAAGCGAUCAGAAAGUGCUUAUCAUUCUUGAUGAUGUGAAUGAUCUAAAGCAAUUAGAGGCUUUGGCUAAUGAAACUAUCUGGUUUGGUCCUGGAAGCAGGAUUAUUGUAACCACAGAAGAUCAAGAGCUUUUGCGACAACAUGGUAUCAAUAAUACGUACCAAGUGGAUUUCCCAUCAAAAGAAAGAUCUCUUCAGAUCUUAUGUAAGUAUGCUUUUCGACAAAGCUUUCCACAUCAUGGAUUCAAAGAGCUUGCAGUAAGGCUAACAAAUCUUUGUGGUAACCUUCCCUUGGGUCUACGUGUGGUGGGUUCAUCUUUACGUGGGAAGAAUGAAGAGGAGUGGGAAGUAGUAAUGACCAGGCUAGAAACUACUCUUGACCAUCGAGAUAUUGAAGAAGUACUAAGAGUUGGAUAUGAGAGUUUACAUGAGAAUGAAAAAUCUCUAUUUCUUCACAUUGCAAUCUUUUUUAACCAUAAAGAUGGUGAUAGUGUUAUUGCAAUGCUCGCUGAGAAUAACUUAGAUAUCAAACAUGGGUUGAGAAUACUAGUAAAUAGAUCGCUCAUAUAUAUAUCUACCAAAAGGGAAAUAGUGAUGCAUAAGUUACUACAACAAGUGGGUAGACAAGUUAUUCAUAGACAAGAGCCUUGGAAACGCCAAAUCUUAAUCGAUUCACAUGAGAUCUGCGAUGUCCUCGAAAAUAUUACAGGUAAUAGAGCUGUGUCCGGCAUAUCAUUUGAUACAUCAGGAAUCAACGAAGUUAUCAUAAGUGAUAAAGCUCUUAAAAGAAUGAGUAAUCUUCGAUUUCUUAGUGUUUACAAAUCAAGACAUGAUGAGAAUGAUAGAGUCGACAUACCUGGAGAGAUAGAGUUUCCACCUCGUUUAAGGUUACUACAUUGGGAGGCAUACCCGAAAAAGAGUCUUCCUCUUAAAUUCUGCUUGGGAAAUCUUGUUGAACUUUACAUGCGGGAUAGUCAACUCGAGAAGCUUUGGGAAGGUACUCAGCCACUAACAAAUCUCAAAAAGAUGGAUUUGUCAUCAUCUCGGAAGUUGAAAGAACUCCCAAAUCUUUCAAGUGCUACAAAUUUGAAGAGAUUGCAACUAAAUGGUUGCACAAGCUUGGUAGAGCUUCCAUCAUCAAUUGCAAAUCUUCAUAAGCUAGAAGAUUUGGUGAUGAAUUCUUGUGUGAAGUUAGAAGUUGUUCCAACUCACAUCAACUUGGCAUCUCUUGAGAGGGUUUACAUGAUUGGAUGCUCACGUUUAAGAAUAUUUCCAGAUAUUUCUACAAACAUUAGCCAACUCCUUAUGUCGAAAACAGGAGUAGAAAAAGUGCCUGCAUCGAUUAGGCUAUGGUCUCGUCUCUCGUAUGUUGAUAUAAGAGGCAGUGGAAAUCUGAAGACCUUAACACAUUUCCCGGAAAGCCUAUGGUCUCUAGACCUAAGCUAUACUGAUAUUGAGAAGAUUCCAGAUUGCAUUAUACGCAUUCAUCACCUACAAAGCCUUGAAGUAACUGGCUGCAAAAAACUCGCAUCAUUGCCAGAGCUACCUUGUUCGCUCAGACUUUUAAUGGCAGAAGAUUGUGAAGGACUGGAGAUAGUAACUUCCCCUCUUAGAACUCCAAAUGCAAAACUCAAUUUUACCAACUGCUUUAAACUUGGUGGAGAAUCAAGAAGAGUAAUUAUCCAAAGUUUUUUUCUUUACGAGUUUGCUUGCUUACCAGGGAGAGAAGUGCCUUCAGAGUUCAAUCACCGAGCUAGAGCACCACCAUACACAAGAAAACAGAGAGCUUCGUUUGAAGUAUGGAAUCAUAGGAAAAAGCGGAUACAGAUAUCCUAUUUUCAUAGUACACCCUCGUGAAUCUCCCGAGAUUAGAACAGAUCAUCUUUGUAUAUUUCAUUGUGACUUUCCCGAAGAAGAUAUAUUACUUGACGUGGGCAGCAAGAUAUUAUUUGAAUUUAGCAGCAGGUACUAUGAGAUUA